AUGUCUGUGUACAGCUCGCUGGGUGGAGACUCUUCCUCACUGUGGACUUUCAUCCUGUUCUCAGCUUUGCUCGUCUGGACUCCCGUUCAAGUUAUUCCGACGUCCCGUGAUGGUACAGGAAGUCUUUCUAGAAGUCCAGAAGUCUUCAUUAGCCAACUUGGUGAGGUUGUGGUGAUUGGUUCAAAUCUUCCAAUCAUCGCUGCUCCGGGUGAUGAUGUCAUCCUGCCGUGUCACCUGGCGCCCAUGUUCGAUGUCCAGGGUCUGACGGUGGAGUGGUCCAAACCCGACCUGAAGCCCGACCCGUCGGACCGUCUGAGCCGAGUGGAGUACGUUCACCUGUACAGGGACAGGAAGGAGGUCCCCGACAUGAAGAUGGCCUCGUACUUCAGGAGGACGGAGCUGUUCAUGGACGACAUGAAACACGGGAACAUUUCACUGAAGAUCCUGAACGUGUCGGAGGAAGACAACGGCAGAUACAGAUGUUUCAUCCCCAAGCUGCAGAGCAGAGUGAAAGCUGCUGUUGUUGAACUUGUAGUCGACCCAAACUACGGGAAAAUCUCAUCGACAGAGACACCACUGCAUCCCAGAAACGUCCAAACUCCAGAUCCUGAGGACACGACUCAGAGAAACACAGGUCGGUCCAGGGUCGCUGUGCUGAUCUCCAUCAUCAUCACUGUUUCUUUACUUGUAGUCGCUGCACUUGCUGCUUAUUUCUCUCGCCAUCACACAAAAGAAGCAUUCGGGGGACCAGGGGAUCCAAAGUCAUAACAAUUACUAGUGCUUUGCACAAAGGAUUGUUGGUGUUAAUGGAGUGGAGAGCGUUGGUUUAUCUUUUCUGGAUCCUGACAAUUUGGUUGGGGAUUCAAACAAGCAGCCACAGGAAGACACUUCAGUCCAGCAGCACUGAGAUCAUCACAAGGUCACUUUUACAAAAGUGUUUAACAACUAUCAGAUAAAACACAGAGUGAAUGCUACACAGUAUCUACACAGUAAAUAAAUGAAAGACGUUACAUGUACGUUAUUAUUAUCAUAAAUAGAAUGAGAGCACGAAGCUCUGCUG